AUGCCCGCCCGCGUCACUCAGCGGACAGAAGACGCACGUCGGGCUGCGGAUUCCUUCGCAUGCGGCUGCUCCUGGUUCUGUCACUUGCGCCCCGUGGAGGACCCCGUGAGCCCCAGCGUCUGCCUGGCGGCGGUGGCAACAAUGCAUGGAACUUCCCGCACUUCGGCCACCAGCGUGAACGCUGACUGCUGCAUCCCGGCUGGCUUGCGCCUUGGGCCGGUGCCUGGCACCUUCAAGCUGGGCAAGUACCUGUCAGAUCGCAGGGAACCAGGGCCCAAGAAAAAGGUGCGCAUGGUGAGAGGGGAGCUGGUGGACGAGUCAGGGGGCUCUCCCCUGGAGUGGAUAGGGUUAAUCCGGGCAGCCAGGAAUCCCCAGGAACAGACUCUGGAAGCUAUUGCAGACCUACCAGGAGGACAGAUCUUCUAUCGGGCAUUGCGAGAUGUCCAGCCGGGCGAAGAGCUGACUGUGUGGUAUUCUAACUCCUUGGCUCAGUGGUUUGACAUCCCUACAACUGCGACUCCAACUCAUGAUGAGAAAGGGGAGGAGCGCUACAUCUGCUGGUACUGCUGGAGGACCUUUCGAUACCCGAACAGCCUCAAGGCACACCUGCGUUUCCACUGCGUGCUCAGCGGCGGCGGGGGCCGCGCCUUCCUGCCCCAGGAGCACGCGGCCCGGCCGGGCGCUUCCCCUGUGGCAGAAGGCCUCGGCCUCCCUCCGAAACCCACUGCCCCGGACUUGACGGCGCCCGUCCAGGCAGCCGCUCUGCGGCCUCAAGCCCAGGCCGCUCAGCUCUCCCAGGCGUGCGGGACGAGGGAGAGCAUCAAGCGAGAGUCUUCCCUGGCGCCCCUGGCCACCUCCCCGCCUCCCGGCAAGUGGGGAACGCCCAAGAAGGGCAAGGAGCAGCCGGACCGCGCUCACAGUCACUUCCUGGGGAUCGUGGGCGGCUCCUCAGCCGGCAGCGCAGGCCUGCCCUUCUACCCUGGCGUGCGCUCCGCUUUCAAGCCGGCCGGCCUGGCCCGGGCCGCUGCGCAGAGCGACCCCUACCGGGAAGAGGGAGGCGGCAAGGGGCCCGGGCUGGCCCUAGGCCGACUCCUAGGCGGGGGUCGGGCCGCCGGGCGCCCGGGCAGUGGGGAGAGCCCGGCGGGCCACUACCACCAUCACCACCACGCUCACCACCACCACCACCACCACCCCAAGUGCCUGCUGGCCGGGGAGCCGCCGCCCGCCGGCCUGCCGUGUCCUGGGGCCCUGCGGGCCUUCCCCCUGCUCGCCGGCCACCCGGAAGAGGCGUCGGCCUUCAAGCACGUGGAGCGGGCUCCGCCUGCCGCGGCCACCGCCGCCUCGCUGCCCGCCGCGCGCUACACCGCUCUCCCGGCGCCCGGGCUCCCCGUGGAGCGCUGCGCGCUGCCGCCCCUCGACGCCGGCAGCCUCAAGGCGUACCCCGGGAGCGAGUGCAGUCCUCUUCCCGCCGUCAUGCCGGCCUUCACGGUGUACAGCGGAGACCUGCUCUACGGCCCGCCCGCCACCUAUUACCCUCUCAAGCUGCACUUGGGCGGGCUGCUCAAAUACCCGGAGUCCAUCUCCUAUUUGAGCGGCCCCGCGGCGGCGGCGGCGGCGGCAGCAGCGGCAGCGGCGGCGGCGGCGGCGAUCGGCCCGACUGAGCUGGGCUCCCUGGCCAGUAUCGACCGCGAGAUCGCCAUGCACACGCAGCAGCUGUCCGAGAUGGCAGCCGGGAAGGGUCGUACCCGCCUGGACUCCGGGACGCUGCCUCCAGCGGUAGUGGCGGCGGCAGGCCCCGGGGGUGGCGCCGGUGGCGGCGGUGGCGGUGGCGCCGCAGGCAAGGCCAAGACGGGCCACUUGUGCCUCUACUGUGGCAAACUGUACUCGCGCAAGUACGGGCUCAAGAUCCACAUGCGGACGCACACGGGCUACAAGCCGCUCAAGUGCAAGGUGUGCCUGCGGCCCUUCGGCGACCCCAGCAAUCUCAACAAGCACAUCCGACUCCACGCGGAGGGCAAUACGCCCUACCGCUGCGAGUUCUGCGGCAAGGUGCUGGUGCGCCGCCGAGACUUGGAACGUCACGUCAAGUCCCGCCACCCAGGCCAGAGCCUGAUCGCCAAGGCGGGCGACGGCUCGGGCGCGGAGCCCGGCUAUGCUCUGGAGCCUGGGGAUCCCAAGAGCGAGGACAGUGAUGUGGAUGUCUGCUUCACUGACGACCAGAGCGACCCUGAGGCUGGGGGCCGUGGCGAGCACGACCCCUAA